AUGUCGGACCGCGGGUCGGACUUUGGUAGUACGAGAGACCGUAGGCGAAGAUACUCGAUUGAGUCUGAAGAUGAUCGAAAAAGGAGAGACAGACCUGAGAGGAAACGGAGCUUUGACCGACCUCAACCGGGGAACAAGAAUGGUGCAACAGUGAGAGACGACUCGAGAUCAGACUAUCGCAGGAGGAGGCAUCGUUCAAGAAGUCCACGCAAAGAUUAUAGAAGGGAGAGAAGAGAGCAUGCGUCCAGCAGCAGAUCGCCGCCCCACCGCCCUCGAAGCUCUCGAGACGAUCGCAAACUUUCAAAGCGUGACCACAGCGCAUCCCGCUCUCCUCCGCCGAAGCGGAGGCGUCAUGACUCUCGAGACGGUCGCAGGUACUCCAGCUACCAUGCCGAGCGACGGAAAUCCCCUCCUCCCCAACGCCGCUCACCCACUCCUCCACCUGCCUCGAAGCGCUCGAAUGGUCCGCUCCCCUCGCAACAAGCAGCCUUCAAGAAGGAUCCAACCUCCGACGCCGUCGUCAAAGCACCCGAAGAGGUCGAAAAACAAAAGCCAAACUAUGCUCCCACCGGUAAACUCGCCGCAGAAACAAACACCGUCGCCAACACCUCCAUCGUCCUCAAAUACAACGAACCACCCGAAGCGCGCCUCCCCCCUUCUUCCUCCGCCUGGCGUCUUUACGUCUUCAAGGGCUCAGAUCUCCUCGAAACAUUGCCUCUACACGAGCGCUCCUGCUGGUUGUUUGGACGGGAGAGAGCGGUGGUGGAUUUUCCGACUGAGCAUCCGAGUUGCAGUAAGCAGCAUGCGGUUCUGCAGUUCAGGUAUACGGAGAAGAAAGAUGAGUGGGGGGAGAAAAAGGGUGGAGUGAAGCCUUAUGUAAUUGACUUGGACAGUGCGAACGGGACGAGGGUGAAUGGGGAGAAAGUGCCGGAGAGGAGAUAUGUGGAGGUCAGGAGUGGCGAUGUCGUGACUUUGGGUGAAUCUACAAGGUUUGUUGAUACAUUUUGGACGUUGUGA